UUUUUUUAAUCUAAUGCAACCUUUUCGCUUCUCAGAAUUUCAUGGUGGCCAGGAGGCUGAGACUUCCACUGGCUGUGUGGACAAAUUGGCUUUGAAAUAUAUGGAGAUGUGUAAAGUGGAAUCCAGUACAGAUUCAGGGUCGGACACGAGUCCAAGGUGGUCUGAUACGAGCGCCAAGGGAUGCGCAUCAUCAGGACACGAGAGACACGCUCUCCGGAAGGCAUCUUUUGUGCCGAAGCCGGCGGGGCACCAUCACCUGGUGCGUUUGGACCCAUACGAUGGCAGCUCGGAAGACUCCGAGGAGCCCAGCGGCCCCAGGGCGCACUGGCACAUGGGCUCCAGGAUGCACGGAAGGGGCUGGAGAGAGACUGGGAAAGGUGCGGUCAGGGCUGGCGUGAUGUCACAGGUUGCUGCAGACGUCCCCAUGAGGUCAUCCAGUGAUUCCGAAGCAUGGACAGAUGACACUGGAUUUCUGUCCCUGAGAAGCUCAAGGCCUCGCCUCGAGGAAACGCCCACAGACUCGGGAGUUCGCACGGAAUCAGAGCUGAGCAUGCCGGGGCUCUCCUGCACGCGUGUGACCCCUCCUGCGGACCCCAGUAGUCCCUCCCACCUGGCAAGAGCCCAUAAGCUGCAUCCCAGGUCCCCGGAGAGCCCUUCCGCUGACCGAAACUUCUCCAAACGCAAAUUGAGUCUUCCCGGGGCUGAAUCCGGGGAGCGUGACUUGAGGAAGCGCCAACGUGUCAUGGAGAUGGAAGUAGAUGAUGUGAGGGAAGAGCCAAGGGAAUGAGUUGAUGUUCUGGGGGGUCUGGGCAGAAGGGCACCUUACCCUGUUUACCGUGUUGGACACAACCACAUCCUGUUCAGCCUUAUUAAUUGGCAAUGAGCUCUUUUGGGGAUCUGUAAAAAUAUAUCUCUAGAUCACUUUCCAGCACAGGAUUCAUACCAAGGGAUAUUUGAAUUGGAGAGAUGUUUAAAACACUGCCUUCACUGUAAUGUUUACACUUUUGUUUCAGU